UGUGGCUUUGCCUCUUGGCAGGGAAGGCUGCCCUGUGAAAAUAUUUACUAAAGAGGAAAAGAAACUCCACCCAGAGAGGACAGGCUGGCGGGGAAGAGGAGCAGUUCAGUCCAGAGGCUGGCGGGCGAGGCUGGGUCUGCAGGAACUGGAAAAGAUCACUCGCUUAGGAUCAUUAUAGGAUCGUAGGGGUGGUCAAGGAGAGCCGGCCAGAAGGUGGCCCUGGCCAGGUGGGCCUUCUGGCUCAAGAGCAGGGACGGUCUUGCCCCGGCGUUGUGCCAGGACUGUCUUGGGUGGCCCUCAUGGCGAGGUGUGGCAUGAGGGAGGCCUUCCUCUUGCCCGCCCGCUGCCUGGCUCUUCCUGGCUAUGGGAGGCGGCCACGCCUGAGUCUCUGGGCUGUGCCCUUCCUUCUGCUGCUUUCCCCGCUCGCCGCCAACGCCUGCCCGGAGAUCUGCCGCUGUUCCUCGGGGCGAGUGGACUGCAGGGAGCACCGGUUGCGUUUCGCGCCGGGUGGCCUGCCGGCCAACGCCACCACCAUCCUGCUGGACUACAACCGCAUCGCUGUCCUCCAAGAGGGCACCUUCAUGGCUCAGAGCGCCCUGCGCCAGCUCAGCCUUCAGGGCAACGCCCUGGUCAGCGUCCACCGCCAAGCUCUGGCCGGCCUCGGCCAGCUAGAGGAGCUGGACCUCAGCGGGAACUACCUCACCCUCCUGCUGCCGGGGACCUUCGCCCCUGUGCCAAACCUGAAGACACUCCACCUGGGGAAUAACCGGCUUCUAAGGCUGCCGCCGGAGCUGGUGGGCGCCUUGCCCCGUCUCCAAGUCCUCUCCGUGCAGGGCAACGCCUUGACCUCCCUCGGGCCGGGCUUCUUCGAGAGCCUGCCUUCCUUGGGUCACCUCCGGCUGGACGGCAAUCCCUGGGUCUGCUCGUGCGCCAUCCAGCCACUCUCCCGGUGGCUCGUGGACAACAUGGACAAAGUGCCCGCAGUGGAGUCUGUCUUCUGCAAGCGCCCGGCCGCCCUCGCCCACCACCCCAUCGCUGCCAUCGGGAACGAAUCGUUUGCCCUCUGCCAGAAGCCUUGGCUGCACCCCCGGGAUUACGCCUUCUUCCUGCUCAUCGGCCCCUCCACCUUUCUCACCAGCAUCUGCCUCUGCAUCCUGGCGGGCCUGCUGGCCGUGGCCCGGGCGAGGGUGACGGCCACCACCUACGCUCGGCCGGGGGCGCUGGCCAGCAUCUGCCUCUGCAUCCUGGCGGGCCUGCUGGCCGUGGCCCGGGCGAGGGUGACGGCCACCACCUACGCUCGGCCGGGGGCGCUGGCCAGGCGCGCGGAGCGUCACCAACACUAA